UGUAAAGUUGUGUUUGAAACUAAAGUUGUAUUUUUCGGUGAUUAUCAGCUUUGCUUUAUACCGUGAAAAUGGUGAAAAAGAAAAUAGAUAAUCGUGUAAGGGUCAUGAUAGAGAAUGGAGUCAAGCUGGGACACCGAACCAUGUUUUUAUUGGUCGGCGAUAAAAGUAGAGAUCAAGUGCCAAUUCUUUACGACAUGUUGGUGAAAUCUACGGUGAAGGCUCGACCAACCGUAUUGUGGUGCUACAAAAAUAAAGACGAAGCCAUUAGCAACCAUGGAAGGAAAAGAGCAAAGAAAAUAGCAGCCGGCAAAUUAGAAGUAUCAGAAGAAUCUCUAUUUGAUGCAUUCAGGGUAGCAACCACGAUACAUGGGCGGUAUUACUCGGAGAGCUAUGCCAUGCUGGGACAGACUUAUGGAGUUUGUGUUUUACAGGAUUUUGAAGCUCUUACGCCUAACCUGAUGGCCCGUACAGUCGAGACUGUGGAAGGGGGUGGAUUAAUCAUCUUUCUGCUUAAGAGUAUGGAUUCAUUACGACAGUUGCAUUCAAUCACUAUGGACGUCCAUUCGAGGUUCAAAACAGAAGCUCACAAUAACGUGGUGAACCGUUUCAACGAGCGGUUUCUAUUAUCACUGGCGGACAACGCCCGCUGCCUCGUAUUGGACGAUACAUUGGCAGUACUACCGAUCUCCUCCAAGACUGCUCAAGUUGAACCCGUUGAUGCUGUGCCUGAGCGUAUAAACCCUAAACUAACGGAACUAAUACAGUCCCUGUCGGACUCUCCGCCAGCUGGGCCUUUAGUCGCUCUGUGCCGAACUUUCGACCAAGCCACUGCCUUAGUAGCGCUUAUCAAUACGCUCGCUGACAAGCAGUCCAGACCACCCCACUGUCUUACAGCCGCCCGUGGUCGAGGUAAAUCUGCCUGCCUCGGUCUCGCAGUUUCUGCUGCAGUCGCCCUGGGCUACGUUAACAUAUACGUAACUUCACCACACCCAGAAAACUUGAUCACGUUGUUCGAGUUUGUGCUAAAAGGCCUCGACGCAUGUCUCUAUCAGGAACAUAUUGAUUAUAACAUCGUGAGGUCGACAAACCCUGAUUUCAAGAAGGCGAUUGUCAGAAUCAACAUUGCUAGAAAUUCGAGGCAGACUGUUCAGUAUAUAACCCCGGAUGAUCACUCACUCCUCGCAGCUGCAGAUUUAGUUCUCGUAGACGAAGCAGCAGCUAUACCUCUAGUUCACGUGGCAGCCUGCGCACAAAAAGCACCUUUAGCCUUGCUGUCUUCUACCGUGUCAGGGUACGAAGGCACAGGGCGCGCGUUGAGUUUGAAGUUAUUCGCUCAAUUGCAAACAGAACAUAAAGCACCGCCUCCUAUAAAACUGGAAGAACCAAUUCGUUACCGUGCCAACGAUCCCGUAGAGGCAUGGCUGAACUCGUUACUGUGCCUAGAAGCACCCCCUCCGUCUGUUGGGGUUGGAGCCCCACCCCCCGCGGCCUGCGACCUCUACCGGGUGAACAGGGAUGCCCUGUUCUGUUACCACAAAGCUGCUGAAGCGUUCUUGCAUAGAUUGGUGUCUAUCUAUGUAGCAAGUCACUAUAAGAACAGUCCCAACGACAUUCAGCUGCUCGCCGAUGCGCCUGCGCAUUGCCUCUUCGUCCUACUAGCGCCUACGCCACCGAACGCCACCAGCAUGCCAGAGGUACUCUGCGUCGUUCAAAUGUGUCUGGAGGGAAACAUCUCUGAAAAAUCAGUCCGCGAUAGCCUAGGCCGUGGGCGUAAAGCUGCAGGAGACCUGAUCCCCUGGAACAUUUGCGAACAGUUCGGUGACAAGGACUUCCCUAAACUGGCCGGCGCUAGGAUCGUAAGGAUUGCCACACAUCCUUCCUAUCAGAGAAUGGGCUACGGGAAGCGCGCUCUGCAGCAGCUGGCGGCGUACUAUUCGGGAGACAUUCCCUGCCUGGACGAGGCUCACUCCGACGACGACGACCACCAACACAGUACAAAAGACACGCUGCAAACGGAGCACAUUGCCCCUAGGUCGAAACCACCGACGUUACUUAAAAGAUUGACGGAAGUGCGAGCAGAAAAUUUAGAUUAUCUCGGUACCAGCUUCGGUCUUACUGAAGAACUGCUCAAGUUCUGGAAAUCACAGAAAUAUAUACCCGUUUACGUCAGUCAAAAACCCAACGAACUAACCGGCGAGCACUCGUGCAUAAUGCUCCGAGCUCUAGCCGACAGUGGUUGGCUGAGCGCCUACAGCGGCGACUUCCGACGUCGGUUUUCGCGACUUCUCGGUCGCGCUUUGAGGCGGCUGCCUUCUGCGCUGGCGCUGUCCACGUUGCUCAACGAUCACGUCAACGUUCAAAAACCUCCGCUGUCAAAAGACGUGAUAUCACAACUCCUGUCUCCCCACGACUUAUCCCGCGUCGAGUCGUAUUGCCGACAGCAAGCCGACUACCGCCUCAUAACGGACCUGCUCACGCCAAUCGCCGACCUUGUCUUUCACUCCACUAUGCCAGCGAAGCUCGAUGCUGUUCAACAGGUGAUAUUAUUAGCCAUGGGUUUCCAAAUGAAGGACGUAGAUGACAUAGCAGGUGAGCUGGGCUUACCCGGAUCACAAAUACUUGCCAAAUUCUAUGAAGCGUGUAAGAAGAUCAAUUUCGCCAUCAAUUCUAUUCUCGAAGACACUGUAGCUAAGGAAAUAGGUAUAGAAGACAAAUCAUCUGAAGUGAACACAGAUGGUCCAGUAAAGCAGAGUCUACAAGACGAACUCUCGAAGGCCGCCAAGGAACUAGAGCGCAAGCAACGUAAAGAACUAUCCAAACUGAUGGGCGAAGACUUGGCGCAGUACCGCAUCAAAGGAAGCGACCUGGACUGGGGACAAGCCCUCACUGGCUCAAAGCAGAAGACCUUAGUUUCCGUUAAAAGCGGAGAGAAACGUCUCGGCGACGACACCAAGGAGAUCGACGAUCUGAUUGAGGCUAAUCCCAACAAGAAGAAGAAAAAGAAACAUCAAAGACAUAAAUCAUGAAACUGUUAAUU